AUUUCUCUCGUUUGCAAUCACCAUUACUAGCGCGAGACUCGGGGAACUUAGCCCAUUCAACGCAUCAUCGCGUCUGUGCUCUUCCGGCGCCAGCCGCUGAAUUGGGCCCCGGUUCGACGGCACUGGGAGCACCCGCGCCGGUUCCUGAAUUUUCGGGCGCCUGCACGCCCGAGCCACCGACUGCCCCACCUCGGCCGCUCUCAGGGUGGCUCCAUUGCCGCGGGCGCCCGAGUAUCAGCUCGACCCGAGGGAAGGAGCACCAGAUCAAAGAGCAUUUUCACGAGCCAGGAUGUCGACUAUACAGCAGCUGAAAAAUUUCAUCCGUCUUGGCAAGCAAGCACGAAUGGCCGAUGAAUCGACGCGAACCAAGCGUGACCCCUCUCCGCCGACCCAGGACUCGCAAGCGAAGACGACCAUGACCUCUCGAGCUACGGAGCCCGCCCUUGCGGCCGCCUCCGCUGAGCACGGUCAUGCCGCAGAAUACCAAACCAAGCGAGAAUCGCUCCAAGCGGCGGAGGGAAAAACGGCGCAACACAAGCGGAUUCCCGACGACAACAUCGCGAAACUUGUCGCCGAGGAGAACGAAAGCAAAAGAAAGUUCCCCGAUUACCCGGGGCUUGAGCGGUGGGAACUCAUCGAAAAGAUGGGCGACGGCGCCUUCAGCAAUGUCUAUCGGGCGAGAGAUCGCGAGGGCAGCGCUGGCGAAGUUGCAAUCAAGGUUGUCCACAAGUUCGAGAUGAACAGCAUACAGAGAGGAAACGUCUUGAAGGAGGUGCAGAUAAUGCGCCAGAUCGAUCACCCAAAUAUCAUCAAACUGAUCGACUUCCACGAGUCGCGCCAGUACUAUUACAUCAUCCUCGAGCUGGCACCAGGUGGAGAAUUAUUCCACCAGAUUGUGCGCCUGACGUACUUCAGCGAGGAUCUAGCGCGCCACGUCAUCACUCAGGUAGCGAAGGCGCUGGAGUAUCUGCACGAAGAAAGAGGGAUCGUUCACCGCGACAUCAAGCCAGAGAACAUCCUCUUCGUCCCCAUACCUUUCAUCCCCUCAAAACACCCCAAGCCGAAGCAACCCGGGGAUGAAGACAAGGUUGACGAGGGUGAAUUCAUCAAGGGGGUCGGCGCUGGCGGAAUUGGGCAGAUCAAGAUUGCCGAUUUCGGGCUUUCCAAGAUCGUAUGGGACACCCAGACCAUGACACCUUGCGGCACUGUCGGGUAUACGGCUCCCGAGAUCGUCAAGGAUGAACGGUACUCCAAGUCGGUCGACAUGUGGGCGCUGGGAUGUGUGUUAUACACGCUGCUGUGCGGAUUCCCGCCGUUUUACGACGAGAGCCUGCAGGUGCUCACCGAGAAGGUCGCCAAGGGCCAAUACACCUUCCUGUCCCCGUGGUGGGAUGACAUCAGCCACUCGGCUCGGGACUUGAUCUCGCACCUGCUCUGCGUCGACCCGGAGAAGCGGUACACGAUCAGGGAAUUCCUCGCCCACCCGUGGAUCCGCGAGCCAGGGCAGACGCCCCGAGACGAGAGGAAGGCGAUAUCUAGCGACCAAGCCCUGCGCGCCUUCGACGCUGGCAAGCUUGUGGAAGGCGACAAGCGCUACGACUACCGGUCGCCCGCUGCCAUCAACCUACGUGAGGUCUUCGAUGUGGGUUACGCUGUGCAUCGCCAGGAGGAAGAGGGCAAGCGGCGCAGACAACUGGGUGCUAAGGCCGGUGUGUCGCGCCUCGGCGAGCUCGAUGAAGACGAGGAGUUGGAGGACGAGGACGGCGGCGUGGCGUACGUGCGCAAGGCCAAUACCAGCCACAGCUCUACGCAGCAGCUCGAGCAGAGCAUGCGCAACGCCCAGAUUCGCGACCAGGAACACCGCGGGCGCGACCGCGAGAGGAAGGCGCAUCCGCCCUCGGCCGCGGCGGCCGGGCAGCGCGGGUACGGCCAGCACUCGGCGGCCGUUGCCGCCGCCGUUAGGCAGCAGGUGCGGGAACGCAACCGACAGAAGGGCGUGUUCGAGCUCAACCUGGAAGGCGCCACGCUGCUAGGGCGGCGGGGCAUGAAGCCGGCUGCGAGGGUGGCGUAGGACGCUAGCCCGCAGCUGGAGGAGGACAUCCAUCCCCAAGCCGAGGAUCGGCCCCAGUCCGGGUAGCGAAUCUCCGUCCCAAGCGCCAGCCCACCGAUUCCCAUCUCGGG